UUCAGCAACAGAAGCUGAUGGACAGUGUUCUGAUAAGAUGUGAUUUCGUCCGAUCUCAUUAUCACGAUGUCCAAACUAGAAGGGGUCAAGAAAGAGAUAACCCAAUACGACUACGUCCGACUGUCCCUGUGCGACCUGAACGGCACGUAUCGUGGCCAGCUGGUGGCCGGACGCCACGCGGCUAGUUACUUGGACAACGGUCUAGGGAUGUUUGAAGGGUUCCUGUUAGCUGGUCCAAGAACAGAACAAGUUUUAAUGGAUGACCCCAGGAACAACAACGCUGGCAACAUGUUGUGUUUUCCCGACGUUGAAACGCUGAGGCCGGUCCCAUGGGUUGCCGAUGGGGUCAAGGUCGCUGAAAUGUUGUGCGAACCUCGAUGGAAGAAAGGCGGUGUUCCGCAGGAAGCGUGUCCGCGAUACGUUGCUAGGAAACAGCUGAACAGGUUGGACGAACUUGGAUGCAAAUUGUAUUCUGGUUAUGAAAUUGAAUUUAGAAUGGUGAAUAAGGAAACACUGGAACCAGUAUUUGAUGGCGAAGAAGCUUACUGCCAAAGGACACUGAACAAGUACGCCAACAUUUUACUUCAUUUUGACAAAAACUUCAGAAGAUCCAACAUCGAUGUAGAACGUUACCACCCGGAGUUUGGUCCUGGGAUGUUUGAAGCAGUGACCAGACCCAAAUAUGGCAUAGAGUGCCCGGAUAUGGCGUUAAACCUGAAACAAGGUCUCAUGGAAAUGUCAGAUUCGAAAAAUGUUACUGUCACGUUCAUGUCAAAGCCGGACAAUGAGAAAACACCCACUGGAAUUGGAGCUCAUUUUAAUUUUUCUCUCUGGAACAAAUCUGGAGACAGCCUUUUCUAUGAUGCUGUCGCUCCUGAUAAUCUAUCUCUUAUUGCCAAACAGUGGAUUGCUGGCAUUAUGAAGCACAGUAGAGCCCUGUGCGCUUUUACCAGUCCCACCGUUAACUGCUACAGGCGACUUCAUCAGCCGUACUUCCCGUCAACAGUAACCUGGGGUAUAGAAGAUCGUGGAGCAUGUUUCCGAAUCAAGAACGACGGUCCGUCGAGUACAUACAUCGAGAACAGACUGCCUAGCGGAAAAAGCAACCCUUACCUCAUCGUGGCGUCAACCAUUGCCGCUGGACUCGACGGUGUGAUGAACGAACUGGAGUGUCCACCCCCGGGGCAGAGGGAGAACGCCGAGACCCUCCCCAACUCUCUGUCUGAAGCUCUGGUGGAAUUGGAACAGGACGAGGCAUUGGUGGAUGCCCUGGGCAGCGAGCUGGUCACGUGGUUCGUGAAAUGCAAAAGGGUCGGGGAGAUUGCCAAGUAUAAAGACUUAACGACUGACGAGGAACGAUUCGCCUUGGAAAAAGAGGUGUAUUUUCUGUGACGUGAUGUCGUUAAAAUUUUGAGGAAAGUUCAAAUCAUUUAUAGUUUUAGUUGGGAAAAUAGUGAAACAACAUGGUUUAUUUUAAGACGUGUAUAUUUGAUAUUGGUUCAGUCAGCAAAAAUUCAGUCACCUUUGUGUCUUCGACAUUAGACUUUUCUAUGCUGAAUUUAAUAUUUGGCUCGACAUAACUACUUUAUUAUGACAAAUUCAUAUGUGUGUCUUUCGAUUUUAGAAUUUUUGUAUCAGUGUAACGGGCAAGGUAAAAUCUCGCUUUAAUUCAACUACUUUACCAUGUGCAAACGAUCAACCAACGCAGCUUCGAGGACAGGCUCUCUUAUUAUUGCUCACUACAUAUAACAUUUGUUACUACUUGAAAACUAAAUGACAAAUAAACAUUCGUUUUCA